AGGGGGAUGGCGAGUAAAAGCAUCGGGAAUCUCGUCAGCGCGGUGGCGGGGCAGCGCUUGCGACGGUCGGUCAGCGAUGGGGUCGUGAACUAUGCCGAUCCGGUUCGUCCGGGUCGGUCGGGUCCGGGAGCCGUGCACUCGGGGCCCAGGCCCGGCUCUCGCAGCGGUGCGGACCUCCAGCCCGAAAGGCGGACCCAGAGCUCGCAGUGCAGUCGGACCCCUUCGUUUGGCGUCUCACGGCUUCGGGCGUCGGCUGCCUCCACCUGUCAGGCAGGUGUGGAGAAUCCAGAGAACCGGUCGAGGGGCUCCGGCGAUGCUGCCGGUGGGUGGUGCGAAGGGCCAGCGGAUGAAUGCAGUGACAGCCCCGGGUGCUCCUUGAAGCCACCGGCCGUCACAGUCAACAAGAUGCAAGAAUGGAUGACCAGAGGCCGGAUGCUCUCCUUGGAGAUGAAGCAACGCAUCAGCGGGUCGCACGGAGCCGGCCCGCCGCCCGGUUCAUUGCCGGGUCAGGCAGCCGUCAGGGAAGGAGACGUGAAGAAGACCGCUUCCCCUGCCUCCGCAAGAGCGCAAGGAAACAAAACCGCGGCGUUCCCAACGAGCCAAAAAGUCUUGCUGACAGAUUUCAUUGAGAAUGUUCAUAUCUCCUCAAUUAUCAGGAGAGAAUUAAAAACCAGUGAAGUGAAUGAGGUCAAUGAGUCCAUGCCACACGUUAACAACAUCACUGUGUCUAAAAAACGAAACUGGCUGCAGCAGAGCACUCACAGUCCUUAUUGGACUGAAGAGACCAAUGUUCUCCUAUCAGUAGAGCUGACAAACCACAUGAAUGGACCUGGCUGCCCUUCACAGGAAAGCAAGCGGCAGCCACUGGUUCCACCGAGGGAGCCCAUCGGACAAAACAUUACCAAGCAAACCAAAGUGGGUACUCUCGACCACAGCGAUGAAAACGAUGCGGAUGAUGAAGGGGAGAUCUGGUACAAUCCUAUCCCAGAAGAUGAUGAGCCUAAUCUCUCACAGAUUCCAUCGGCAACUCCCGGAGUUGCCCUGGAGAAUGUGAGCAGCAGACCGCAAGUGACUCACCCCGCGUUACCCAGCAUCGAUGGAAUGAAAGGGCCAAUGAACUUGGGGACAUCUACAAGUUGCUGUGAAAGCAUGAGGGAGAGCCAGGUAGCUCCAGCGACCGAUGUGAAUCAGGGAAAUUCCACACAUUCCACAGAUCGUGUGCAGCUGCCUUGGCAGAUGUGUACGUGCAAGUCCCUGAGUGGAGUGAUUGUGGAAGAGGGCGCUGUACACAAAUCUGCAGCUGGAGCUACCACUGAUCCUUCCAAUGGUCCUGAUUGUUCACUUGUAACAGUAGCAACAACAACUCCAGAAUUUUCUCCACCUUCCAGCCCAAGCCCUUUGAAAAAAGGGAGUGCAAUUAACUGGUCCUUUCCAGAAAAGAUAAAAUCUCCACGAACUGUGAGGAAGCUUUCAAUGAAAAUGAAAAAACUGCCUGAACUCAGCCGCAAGUUGAGUGUUAAAGGGACUGCAAGCCAUAACAGUAACGAUAAUCAUAAUUCUUCACCCAAAGCCAGCCACGGAUCUUCCUUAUCUGGAAACUCAACCAACGCUGCAAGUAGGAAUGUCAUUAGCCGUUAUCACCUGGAUACAAGUGUUGUAUCACAAAAUGACAAGAAGAAAAGUACAGGGAGCUCCAAGUCAGCCAGCAAAGGCGGGUAUCUUAGUGAUGGAGAUUCACCAGAACUCGUGGCAAAGGCGGGUAAGCACUCGUGUGAUAGCAAAUCUGGAAAGGGGAACCCAACUACAACCACUCAUAAAACAUACAGUACAGAAAUUGAUAUCGACGCUUUCAGACAUUACAGCUUUGUUGAUCAACCCAAGUGCUCUCAAUAUAUUUCAGGACUGAUGAGUGUACAUUUUUAUGGGGCUGAGGAUCUGAAGCCACCAAGGAUUGAUUCAAGAGAUGUUUUUUGUGCCAUACAAGUGGACUCGGUCAACAAGGCCAGGACAGCCUUACUGACGUGCAGGACCACAUUUCUGGAUAUGGACCACACAUUUAAUAUUGAACUGGAGAAUGCCCAGCACCUUAAGCUGGUGGUCUUCAGCUGGGAGCCAACUCCUCGUCGGAACCGAGUCUGUUGCCAUGGUACUGUUGUGCUCCCAACACUCUUCAGGGUUGCGAAGAUGCAUCAGCUGGCAGUGAAGCUGGAGCCCAGAGGUCUGAUUUAUGUGAAAUUGACUCUGAUGGAGCAGUGGGAAAAUUCACUUGACAGUCCAGACGGAGUACGGGAGCCAGUGGUGUUUGGUGUUGAGGCACGGAAAAUUGUUGAAAAGGAGAAUGUCGGCUUGAGGGUACCCUUGUUGAUGCAGAAAUGUAUUGUGGAAAUUGAGAAGAGAGGGUGUCAGGUGGUGGGCCUGUAUCGUCUUUGUGGCUCUGCUGCAGUUAAGAAAGAACUUCGAGAAGCUUUUGAACGUGACAGCAAAGCAGUGGGCAUAUCUGAAAACCUGUAUCCGGAUAUUAAUGUCAUUACAGGUGUUCUCAAGGAUUAUUUGAGGGAAUUGCCUUCUCCUCUGAUAACAAAGCAGCUAUACGAAGCCGUAUUGGAAGCAAUGGCUAAGAAACCCCUCAAGAUGACCUCUUCUGGAUGUGAAAAUGAUCUUGCUGACUCUGAAUAUACAGUUGCUCUCCUUGACUGCCUGCCUGAAGUGGAAAAGGCAACACUUAGGAUGCUGUUGGAUCACCUGAAACGUGUGGCUUCAUACCAUGAGGUGAAUAAGAUGACCUGCCAGAACUUAGCAGUAUGUUUUGGGCCUGUGUUACUGAGCCAGAGACAGGAAGCCUCCAAUCACAGCAACAGGGUUUUUACAGACUCUGAAGAGCUUGCUAGUGCACUGGACUUCAAGAAACACAUAGAAGUGUUGCAUUAUCUACUUCAGCUUUGGCCAGUGCAAAAAGUAGGUACCAAAGAGCAAAUCAGUGCAUCACUUGAACAUCAGUCAUUGAACUGUGUAAGAAGAAGGAAGCAACGACCCACAAAUUUGAAUUUGACAAAUGCAGAGGUGACCGGGGUACUGAGACCUAGGCAGGUCAGACUCGAUAGUCCAAGUAAUCGCUAUGCUGGAGACUGGAGCAGUUGCGAUGAAAGCUUCCUCCUAGGAACAAAGGAGAACAUCAUGGAGGCAGACUAUGAUGAUGUUCCUUCAGAAGGCAGUGAAAGUGAGGAAGAAAAUGGUGCAACAGACAGAACAAAUGACUCUCCAGAUCAGCACAUGGAGCCUGUAUCCAAAGAGCAUACCUAUGAGGCCUAUGUGAGAAUGCAGAAGAUCAAUCCAGGACUUGAGCAUACAGUGAACCUUCAAGACCUUCAAGAAAGCAUUGAUACGCUAAUUGGGAAUUUAGAAAGAGAGCUAAACAAGAACAAACUGAAAGCCACUUGCUGAAGUUCCUUCUGCUUUCUAGGAUAGAUGAACAGUAUUGCAAAAGCAUUGCAACCAGUUCUGCAAAGGACAGUUCUGUUAGCUGUGUUUUGUCUGCUCACUUAUGGAUACCAAAGUAUCAUGGUCUAUCUUGGGCCAUCUGAAUAAUUUCAGACAUAUUCCAGUAUGUAUACUUUUUUUUCUUCUUAUUGGAAGAAUCCAGUGGAUUGACCCUUAGGGGUAUAUGGUGCCUUAAAGGCAUAUUUUAAGUGUGUACUGUAGACUGAGGUCUGUGUUCAGGUAGGAAUGUUAACUGAUGCACUUAUAAAGCAGGCUUUUGAUGAGGACUUGUUGAAGGAAACUAGCCAUUGCCGCUCAGCAGAUGCUUUCCAGGUACUGAAUCCAGUGACAUCUUGUAAGAAGUUCUAAGUGUUCGAUCCUAAGUCAUUCUCAUUAUUGAGGGUGGCUGUUGCUGCUUGGCAGAUCUUUCUGCAACGUGACCGAGUAUUUGUGUUUUGUUCUCUCAGCAAUAAUUACCAGUUAAGAGAUAUUGCUGGUCACCUUUUGUUUGCAAUGGAACACCACCAAGGCUGCUAUGAAGAGACCAUUUUCAAAAAAAAACUGCACAAUUUUGGGGGACGAAAAAUAUUGUAAAAUUAUGUCUUUUUUCUUCAUUAUUAACACAUCCCUGUAACUAUUUAAACACAAAUCAAAACAAAUGGUAUAUUUUUCUAACCCAGUAUAUUUUUGAUAAAGUGUGGGUGUACCAUUUAAAGUGACCCACAUACCAGAAGGCCAAAUAUUGUUAGAUGUACUGCCUGGGAUAUGUAGCAAAUAUAAAUAUAUUAAAUACACAAUGACCGGAGCUGUGAGGAAGUGUUCUCAGCCUAAAAUGACUGAUUAUUAUUUGCAAUGCCUGUUAUGGUAUUACCUGUUUUUGUCAUGUCAGUAUUGAUAACUAACAUUAUUAACAGAGCAUUAAAACGGGUGUUUCAUACUUGGCUGCUCCAUAUCUUUAAAGAGAUAGGACGUGUAAACUAGUAAAUGCCUCUAUUUAAAAAUAAUAUCGGGCUGAUCGUUUAAAGAAGCAUUAUUAAAAAGAUGAUUUCAUCAGCUGAUUUGUGUAACGCAUUGUUGGGUGCAUGUUUGUUAUUUACUUUUAAUUGUGCUUAUGUAGAAAAUAUCUGGCGUAAUAAGUGUGUGUGCUUGGAAAGACAAAAUACAAAAAUGGACCAGCAAACAUAAGACAGUGCUGAACUGGUGUACUCUCAUUUCAAAAUUCACAAUUUUUAUUCGAAAUAAAACACUAAGCAAAUGUUAUUCUUCAUUUGAAGCUGAUUUCAAGCUGAUCACUCAUUGUUGUAUUCCAUAGAAAUGUUGACACCUAAACAAAGAGUCCAAAGAAUAUUUGGCUCGUUAGGGANUUUUUUUUACCUUUUUCCUUUACACUCAGACAGUAUGACAUCCAGAAUAAGAUAAGGUCUUUGUGUCAGCAUCUGACUCGGUUGUUGGCUGCUGAUUUAAAGACUAGUUCAGUGGAGAUAUUUAAGAUUUAAAAAAUAAUUUCCGAUUUUCUGGCAUUUUUAUAGGACCCUGGCUCCUACCGGCUUGGAAAAUGAUCCCAUUUUGUUUAGACAGUAUUUGGAAAAUGAAACGUAAUACUAACCCUUAUAUUUGAUACAGUGCCUUUCACGUCAGGAGGACGUCUCAAAGUGCUU